AUGGCAAAGAAAGAAACAGCAGCAAUCAAGAAAGCUCAGGCAGCAAAAGCAAACUCCUCUUCUGCUAGCUUUUCCUCCUCCUCCUCUCCCGAUUCAAUCCUUCCACUUCAACCAAAAUCAGUAACUACAACAUUCAACGAACUAAAAUCAGCAAUAAACACAACCAUGCAAGAUUAUUUCUCCACAUUAACUCCCAAAUUAAAAUUGAUUGAUUUAUUCCUUGCGUUUUUGGUAACCUUGGGAAUUUUACAAUUUGUAUAUGUGCUUUUGAUUGGUAAUUUUCCAUUUAAUGCUUUUCUUGGUGGAUUUGCUAUAUGCGUGGGACAAUUUGUGUUGCUAGUUAGUUUAAGAUUGCAAAUCAACGAUAGCAGUGGUGAGGAAGAGGGAAAGGAGACUGUUGUUGUGAAGAGUAAAAGUAAGAGUAAGAAGAAGAGUGAUAAAGGUGCAAAAGGUGCAAAAGGUGAAAAAGGUGCAAAAGGUGAAAAAGGUGAAAAAGGUGCCGAAGAUGACGAGGUUGAUGAAGUUGACGAGAUUGUUGAUGUUGUUGACGUUGAUGAGGAUGAUACUGACGGUGGUAAGUCUAAGAAGGUGUUUACUGGUAUCUCUCCAGAAAGAUCGUUCGCAGAUUUCAUAUUUGCUAGUUUGAUUUUACAUUUUAUCGUUAUUCACUUUAUAAAUUAG